AUGGUUGUUUCUUCUGCAGCCCAGCUGAAGGCACCUCGAGAGGUCUCCUCAAAGCACCCUGGGGCGCCGCCGUCCUUCUUGGGUGAACCUGACAGCUCCGUGGGUCUGGCUCCCUCGGUGACUCCCCUGACGCCUCCACUGCCUCUGCAACAGCAGCAGCAGCAACCAUGCAACUUCUGGCCUUAUGCUGCUGACCAGGGGCAGCAGGCAGGAUUAUCUGUGGGCAGUUCUGCCUGCAGGGCUACAGGAGGCUCUCCCAUGCAGCCUGCAGCGGGGCCCCUCCCAGGGCCCCUACAUCUGCCAGUAGGAGCAGCAGGACCCUCCUGCUUGGGUGUUGAGGGUUCUCGCCUGACGUCACAGGUUGCAACUGGUGCUGUUGAUAAUGGUGCAGCAACAGGGGGGCCUUCCCCUGCGGGGUGGGUUUCUGGAGGGGCCCCGUGUAAUAGGGGCCCCAUGCAAACUAGCUGUCCUUCCCCUUGUGCCCCUGUCGCUUCGUACGCACCUUGCCAUGUUUCCUGUUUGGGCAAGCCUCUGCAGCAAUCUCCCCUUCCAUGCUACCCCUCACUUCUUAUGGGAGCCUCUAUGGGGCCUGCAGGCCAAGUGGUGCAGCAUCCGCGAUCUUCUCCCCAGGGCCCACUCUUGUCUCAGCAGCUGCCUCAGCAAAAUCUGCUUCUGCAGCAGCACAUGGUACAGCAGCAACACUCAGUGCAGCAGCCAGUACUGCAGAACCAGAUGCUUCAGCAGCCUGGGGGCAGUGUGUCGGUGUGCGUGAGGCCUGAAGCGGUCACCACUAUUAGUGCAGGGCUGCGACGUUAUCUCGCUGCAGUAGUGUCUGAGGUGUAUAGGGAGGUGGGGCAACCUUGGCGAUCCUCUGGAAGCAACUGCUCGCAGCUGCAACAGCUGCCUCUCUGCCGCAAGGACCAUGAAGGGGGCAGCAGUCCCAUUGGCACCAGCAGCACAGCUACCACCAGCGGCGGCCUCGAGGAGGAGGAGGAGUCGGCUUUCUGCAGCGGUAGCAACAGUAGUAGUAACACCAGCAGCAACAACAACAGCAAUAGCAGCGUCAGUGCAUCUACAAACACCACGAGCAGGUGCGGGGAGCCAGCACAGGCUCCACUAGCCCGGCCUAAGGGACCUCCACCCGAAGACACGCAGGCAGCCCAUGCACAGAGACCAGCAACAGCAGCAACAGCAGCAGCAGCGGGUGACGAGGGCAACACAGAGGGAGGGUGGAGCUUGAUGUGUAAGAAGGAGACAUUCUGUGGCGGCGCCGUAUCAGCAGCAGCACCUGCAGGCGCAGCAGCAGCGCCGCCACCACCAACGGCAGCAGGGGAGCAAGCGUUUCACUUACAAGCAAUCAGGAACGGCUCUUCAGAUCAACUCGCCAAGUACGUGCUGCUGCUGCUUCCUUUUCUUUCGGAUUCGCCGCAGGAGCUGCGGGCCAAGAACCCCCAGUGUUUUAUCGAGACACGCAUGCAGCUGGAGGCACUUCACCAGCGGCAGCAGGAGCAGCAGCAGUAUCAAGAGGCGCAGCAGAUGCCGCUGCAGCCGCAACACCACCAACACCAGAUGCCAAUGCAGCAUCAGCAUGUGCCAAUGCAGCAACAACCUCAGCAUCCGCCGAUCCCGCUGCAGCAGCAGCAGCAGCCUAUGGCGCUUCAGCAGCAGCCACAUCAGCAGCCCAUUGCGCUGCAGCAGCACCGACAGAUGGCACUGCAGCAACAGGCUGAUAUGAGGCUGCACCAUCCGCAGCAGUUGCCGCUGCAGCAGCAGCCUCAGCAAGAUGUCUCAGUGGAGCAGCAGCAGCAGAUCCCAAUACAGCAGCAGCAGUUGCCAACACUAUUGCAGCAACAGCAACAGCUGACCCGUCCCACAGGACUCCCCGCUGCUCCUACAGGUUUUGCUGCUGGUUGCUGCAGCGGGCUGCGCGAUGCAGGAGUGGCGGGGUCGGCAGCAGGAGGUGCAGCAGCAGCAACAGCUCCUGCUGGGUUUAGCGGUGAUGGUCCAUACGGCGGCCCCAUUGUCGCUCAGGGCUGGCAAGGAGCAGAAACAGCAGCAACAGGCGAAGGCGUCCGAGGGGAAGUGCGAGGCCGCCCAUCGUGGCCCGUAGACGAGAGCCUUCGUUGGGGCCCUCAUGCUUCCUCCAGCUGCGCAGGGGGCCCCUCUUACGGUUUCAUGGGGGCCCCUGCAGCAGGUGCUGCUGGGAAGGGGGACUGCGGGGGUAGCGCGCAUGCAGCAGCUCUUGUUCAGCUGCCCCGCCCCACGUUAUCGCCUUCUCUCGCAGCAUCAGCACCAGGAGGAGCUAGCGCUGCUGCAGGCGACUGCAUGGUGCCCAGGAUGAACCUGGGAUCUGUUGCUUCUUGCAGCCACGAUGGGAUGAGCCAGGGAGGCCGGCUGAUGAUGCCUUGGGCGUCGAGGGGGGGGCUACCGCGCCCGUCGCCUCCCCCCUUAGGGACCCUCGUUACUCUUGACUCCCCGGCAGCAUCAACAGCAGCCUCACCCGCAUGCAUGUGGCCCAUCUCUCCCUCUGCCUCCACCACUUCGGCGCCCAACUCCUUGGUGGCUACCCCAACUGCAGCAACGGCAACGGGGCUGGCAGGAGCAGUCGGAGUAUUGCCUAUAAGGAAGAAACUCGUACCAGCGGAGCUUGGGAGCGUCAUAUCUGCAGAGGGCUUAGGCCGCUCGCCCCGAGGCAACGUCCGCGUGUGCCACAGCCAACAACACAACGCGUGGCUAGUUCUGUGUUGCGCUGGGGGAGCAGAAAGCCGCGCCUUUUCGGUUCUGCAGUUGGGCUAUGAGGGGGCCAAGCGGGUAGCGCUUCUCUACGCAGCUCAGUGUCGGCGUCACCUGAAUAGCCGUAGGGCUGCUGCACAGAAGCCCAACUUGGGGUUGACAGCGGUGGCGGAAAUGGCUCCGGAGCGUCAGUCAAAAGUGAAGGGUCCUGAAGACACGUCUGCGGAGCUGGCAGCGACGGUGCGCACCUCGCGGCCUGUGGCCUUCGCCCCAGGUCGCGUCUCUGUUGUGUGUUUGAUCUCUGUGGCGAACUGUGAGUAUCGUCUUGUUUUCGAUAGAAGGCUAUAUUUGGGUGCCGGUGAUGGCUCUGUAUAUUUGUGGGGAGUUGGGGGGGCUACGCUGAAUUGCACGGUGCAGCAUGUGUGCCCUCAGGACGUGUCGGCAAGCCGGGUGGCCCGCCUCAGCCGUCGCGCGAUGGAGUUGCCGUAUGUGCACGGAGUUCGUUUUGAGGCUGAAACCUUUGCAUGGGUGGCGCAGAUGAGGGGGGAGGCCCGCCGGUUUCUUGUUAAGAAACACGGCUUUAUCAAAUCUAGGCUGUGCGCUGUGGAGAAAAUACAGGCGUGGAGGGCUACGCUACCUCAGGCGGCUCUCGAACAAGAACUGAAAGUGGAACAAGAAGUGCUGGAGAUGCUUCGCACCUCAGGGGCCAAUUCGGCGCCUCCUCAGGCUGUGCCAUUGGGGCCGCCCAUUCAACAGCUCGCCGCCCCAGAAUUCAGGGAGACGUCGGCUUCCCUUGACUUUUAA